GCUACAGUAAAGCUUAAAGCGAAGGGGUUCGAGACGCAGACACACAGGCCGAGUGUGUAUAUCGUUCGAGCACUCACGUACAUGCAGAUGGAAGACAGUUCCGUCUGGUUAGAUAGAGAUACCAGUGUUGUGCGGCAAAGCUGACAGUACUAUAGUUUUGUUUUCAUAUCACUACAGCUUGUAAUGCGCUACUCAGGCUCAAUAUAUUCAAAAAAGUUACAAGACGUACAAAGAAGCUCCGGAAAGUAAGCGGAGUACGUUCCAGGAUAGAGGAUAUACGCUCUUCAAUAUCAAAGCAAGCAAUAUAAGGGUUGUUUGUGAAUAUCGUAUCUAGUUGGUAGUCUGCGACUUCACUUUAGAUAGAUAUAUGACAGCACGGAGAUUGAAUUACCUCGGCAUGGUGUGCUGAGACCUAGAAAUAUGGACGACGAUUCCGAUAGAGACCAGAAGUUUCUAGAAGGAUUGCCAGAGUUCUUCAAUGAUGACUCUGACUCGCCCGCGGGGAGUGACACCGCGGGUGGCGCCCUGAGUCGCAAGAACACCGGCGGUGGGGGUGGAGGCGAUCUCGGCCUUUCUCUCAGCGGCCUCGGAGUUGUCGGCGGCGGAACUUCGGCCGAUACUUUCAGCAAUUUUAAUUUUGGCGAUGCCAACUUAUCACUCCUGCUGGACGAGGCUGCGACCAAUAAUAAUGCCACAGGUGCAGGGGAUGGGUCAGUAGGCCAGACCAACGCCCCCUUAGGCAUGUCGCUCAGUAGCCUUGGAUUUCCAUCCAGUAGCAGCAAUACAGGGCUUGCGAAGAGUGGUACGACUGCAAAUGCGAAGUCCGGCACCAGCACAAAGACCGAGUCAGGCGCGGUGACCAAGACGCUGACACCGCCAUUGUCUAUGAGUGGCAGAGCCUCGCCAGUUACGCUGGGAAAGGGCUUGUUGUCAUUGGGCACUGAAGCGGUUAAAAAUAGAACGAAAGCGGGCACGCCGGAUGCGGGUAGUACGGGCGAUGGUCGUAAGAAGUCUGGGGUAAACUCGCCGCCAGUGAACAAAGCCGAUAACAACAACAGUGCAAAAGAUGAUGCCAGUAAAGGCAAGAACCCGAAUUCCGGCUCUGGGCGAGACAACAAUUACAUGUCCGAUAUCAACCAGAGCGGCAGAGAUGAUGGGUUAUCCGCGUUAGGGAUGGGUAAUAUGAAUAUGUCGACCGGAACGCCCGGAGCCACUAAUUUUGGCAACAACAAUAACGGGAUGAGCCAGUCCGGCGAUAAUGCGCUAGAAAUGCAGCAGCGACCUAUGAAUCAGAAUCAAUACGGAAAUCUGCAACAAAAUCAUAAUCAGUUCCAGAACCAGAUGCAGCAGAAUCAGAACCAGAACCAGAACCAGAUGCAGCAGAAUCAGAAUCAGAACCAGAACCAGAACCAGAACCAGAACCAGAACCAGAACCAGAACCAGAACCAGACUCAAAAUCAGAGCGAAAGCCAAAACCAGAAUCAGAUGCAAAAUUCGACUCAGAGUAUAAUGGGAUCGAAUAUCGGAAUUGGUGGCACAAAUUUGGCAGGGCUGGAAUCGCUUUUAGACCCCAAUAGUGGGCAGAGUGGAAACCAGAUCUCUAGCAUGCAACAACCAGGAGCAGCAGGACUAGAUAUGGGCGGACAGGGGGGCGGUAGUGGUAAUCUGGGCAUGCCCAACGACCGGAACAUCAAUGAACUACGUAACCAGUUGAGUGUGCUAUUGCAUGCUCACAGGUGCAGUCAACUCAACGGAUGCGAUCCUACAUGCCAGCUCAUGAAGGAGGUCCUGACGCACAUGGCCAGUUGUCAGAAUAAGAAGAACUGUACCACUAUGCACUGUGCCAGCUCACGGCAGAUCAUAGGACACUACAGGCGGUGUACGAACGGCACAUGCGGACUUUGUGCGCCAGUCAGGAGCGAGGAACUUGGACAAGGACAGAACAAACCCUUCGGAGCGAUGGCCGGCAAUACACCCACUGCCAGCCCUGGACCAAUGAGAAUGAGAAUGGCAGGCGGAGGUAUGGGUCAGUCCCAGUUUUCUCUGAUGAGAAACAAUAUGGGCGUUGGUGGCGUCAGUCCUCAAAGCCAGACUGGGCCUAAUGGAAGAGUUACCGGACCUGACUGGAGGCAAAACUUCCAUAUGCAGAGGAGAGAGAAGCUUGUAAAUCAUUUAGCCGAAUCUCUAUCCGCCUUAACAUCGCGCAUCAACUUCGAGUCGAGUAGCACACCGCAAGAACUGAGAGAUGUAGCCAUUCGCAUGGAAGAACAAGAGUUCAACCGUGCUGAGACGGAAGAACAGUACAUUGAGCUUCUGGCUGAGAAAAUAUACAAGGUCAACAAGGCACAACAGGGCGCAGGGAAUAUGCCACCCAUGCAGGGUAUGGGCGCUGGUGGCAAUAUGAACCAGAACGCCGGUGCCAACGGACAGCCGGGCUGGAUGGGGCAGGGGCCCAGGCCACCGACUGGUAUGCUACUGCUUAGAACGAUAUUUGUUUGA